CUUUCUACUCGGUUUUUUGGGGGCUGUUCUGUGCUCCUCCCUCCGUCUCCCCUCAUCCGUCUUUUACCUGGAUCACACCUCUCCUUCUGUCUCUCCCUGCGACCGGAUAAACCUGCAGCCCUGCCCCGGCGACCUGCUCCGAGCGGCGGCGGCGGAGGAUGGCGGAGGACCGGUGUGUGAGCGCCUGCCAGCCGGGGAUGGUUUAAUGCAGGCGGCCACUAAACAGCCAGAAUAUUCCCAUCAUACCUCUGCGGGGCUCCACGGCUACCGGCGUUCGUCCUCCUGCAUGGCCUCAGUCUCUGCGGGGUUCUGGGGUUCCGCCGCCUGCUGCUCGCACUCCAAACUCUCCAGAGGUGGCAGACUAAAACUGGGACGAGGCUGUUCGCCGCCGUCCAUGUUGUCCGGCCGGAGAUGUUCGGGUGUGUCCGGCCUCGGGGGCGGAGCCGUGUCCCCGGGGCCCGUGGUGGCAGAGGUGGUGGUGGAGCCCGGCGUGGUGUUGGGGGCCGGCGAGGCCAGCAGGAAGCUGUUCGAGGCCUGUCGGAGCGGAGACCUGGAGAGAGUCCGUAAGUUGGUGUCGGCCGAGAACGUGAACAGCCGGGACACGGCGGGGAGGAAGUCCACGCCGCUACACUUCGCUGCAGGUUUCGGCCGUAAAGACGUCGUGGACUUCCUCCUCCAGAACGGAGCCAACGUCCACGCCAGAGACGACGGAGGGCUGAUUUCCCUCCACAACGCCUGUUCCUUUGGCCACGCUGAGGUGGUGAGCAUGUUGCUUCACCACGGGGCGGACGCAAACGCCAGAGACAACUGGAACUACACUCCACUGCACGAGGCGGCCAUCAAGGGCAAGAUUGACGUGUGUAUAGUGUUGCUGCAGCACGGUGCCGAGUCGACCAUCAGGAACAUAGACGGUCGAACCGCUCUGGAUCUGGCAGAACCGUCCGCCAAAGCAGUGCUGACAGGUGAAUACAGAAAAGAUGAGCUUCUGGAAAGUGCAAGGAGCGGAAACGAGGAGAAGCUGAUGGCUCUGCUGACACCGCUCAAUGUCAACUGUCACGCCAGCGACGGACGAAAGUCGACACCGUUACACCUGGCAGCCGGGUACAACCGCGUCAAUACCGUCCAGCUGUUACUGCAGCACGGCGCAGAUGUGCACGCCAAAGACAAGGGGGAUCUGGUUCCUCUUCAUAACGCCUGUUCGUACGGUCACUACGAGGUUACUGAGCUGCUGCUGAAGCACGGAGCCGGCGUUAACGCCAUGGACCUGUGGCAGUUCACUCCUCUUCAUGAAGCUGCUUCCAAGAACCGAGCUGAGGUGUGUUCCCUCCUGCUGAGCUACGGCGCCGACCCCUCCUUUCUCAACUGUCACAAUAAAAGCUCCAUCGACCUCGCUCCCUCAGCGCAGCUCAAAGAACGGCUGGCCUAUGAGUUCAGAGGUCACAGCCUGCUGCAGGCGGCCAGGGAGGCCGAGGUGGUGUGGGUCAAGAAGCACCUGAGCCUGGAGACCAUCACCUUCAAACACCUACAGACUCAAGAGGCUGCGCUGCAUUGUGCGUCUGUCUCUCCGUACCUGAAGAGGAAACAAGUGUGUGAGCUUCUGCUGAGGAAGGGAGCCGACGUCAACGACAGGACGAAAGACAUGAUGACCCCUCUCCACCUGGCAGCAGAGAAAGGCCACAACGACGUUAUCGAGGUGUUGGUCAAACAUGAAGCCAAGGUGAACGCAGUGGAUCACCUCGGCCAGACGCCGCUGCACCGAGCCGCUCGCUGUGGACACCUGCAGACCUGCAGACUGCUGCUGAACGCCGGCUGCGAUCCGCUGCUCACUUCGCUGCAGGGACUGUCACCUUCAGAGCUGGGCAACGAGAGCGUGCAGGAGAUACUGCAGGCAGAAGGAGUUCUGAUCAGGAACUCUGAAGUCGACCGACAGCUGCUAGAAGCCUCAAAAACAGGAGAUGUGGAAACUGUCAAGAAACUCUGUACGAUGCAGAACGUGAACUGCACGGAUGUGGAGGGUCGACAGUCGACGCCGCUGCACUUCGCUGCCGGAUACAACCGGCUGGCCGUCGUCCAGUUCCUGCUGCAGCACGGAGCCGAUGUACACGCCAAGGAUAAAGGAGGUCUGGUUCCUCUCCAUAACGCCUGCUCGUAUGGUCACUACGAGGUUGCUGAGCUGUUGGUAAUUCACGGUGCUGUGGUCAACGUGGCCGACCUCUGGAAGUUCACACCGCUGCAUGAAGCUGCUGCCAAAGGCAAAUACGACAUCUGUAAACUCCUGCUGCAGCACGGCGCAGACCCGACUAGGAAGAACCGGGAUGGAAACACCCCUCUGGAUCUGGUGAAGGACGCCGAUACCGACAUCCAGGACCUGCUGCGGGGCGACGCCGCCCUGCUGGACGCCGCCAAGAAAGGCUGCCUGGCCCGGGUUAAGAAACUCUGCACACGUGAUAACGUCAACUGUAGAGACACACAGGGGAGACACUCGACACCGCUACACCUGGCAGCGGGCUAUAAUAACCUGGAGGUGGCUGAGUACCUGCUGCAGCACGGAGCGGAGGUCAACUCUCAAGAUAAAGGAGGACUGAUUCCUCUGCACAACGCUGCCUCCUACGGGCACGUAGACGUGGCCGCUCUGCUCAUAAAGUUUGACGCCUGCGUCAAUGCCACCGAUAAGUGGGCGUUCACUCCGCUGCACGAGGCCUCUCAGAAGGGCCGGACACAGCUGUGCGCCCUCCUUCUGGCUCACGGAGCGGACCCCACCCUCCGAAACCAGGAGGGACAGUCGCCGCUGGACUUGGUCACGGCUGAUGAUGUUCGGGCUUUGCUAACAGCAGCCAUGCCUCCCUCCACUCUCCCCGGCUGUUACAAACCUCAGGUCAUCAGCGUGGCAGCGCCAACUUCUGUUUCUCCACCUGUCGCCGUGGUCCCACCACUCCUCUCCUCCUCCUCUCCCUCCUCCUCCUCUAGUCUUGAUGCCACAACAGCAGCUACGACCAACAGUAACAGCAACGCUGCGUCCAGUGCUUCAAAUUUGUCACCACCACUGCCAUCUUCAUCGUCCUCUGCGUUUCCUGAGAUGUCGGCGCUGCUGUCGGUGGUCAAGAAGAAAGAGGAAGUUCCAGGAGCUGAGCACAGUAUUUGUCAGUUCCUGAAGAACCUCGGACUGGAGCAUCUUCUGGAGAUCUUUGACAGAGAGCAGAUCACUGUGGAUGUGCUGGUGGAGAUGGGUCACCGCGAGCUGAAGGAGAUCGGCAUCAACGCCUACGGACACAGACACAAGAUCAUCAAAGGAGUGGAGAGGCUCAUCAGCGGGCCGCAGAGUCUGAACCCCUAUCUAACGCUGAAUACAGCCAAUAGUGGGACGAUAUUGAUCGACCUCGCAGCUGAUGACAAAGAGUUCCAGUCAGUAGAGGAGGAGAUGCAGAGUACGAUCAGAGGGCACAGAGACGGCGGCCAUGCUGGAGGAGUCUUCAACAGAUACUCGCUGGUCAAGAUCCAGAAGGUCUGUAACAAGAAGCUGUGGGAGCGGUACACCCACCGCAGGAAGGAAGUUUCAGAGGAAAACCACAACCACUCCAAUGAACGCAUGCUCUUCCACGGCUCUCCGUUCGUCAACGCCAUCAUCCAUAAAGGUUUUGACGAGCGCCACGCCUACAUCGGUGGGAUGUUCGGUGCCGGGAUCUACUUCGCCGAGAACUCUUCGAAGAGCAAUCAGUACGUUUACGGGAUCGGAGGAGGGACCGGCUGCCCGCUGCACAAAGACCGCUCUUGCUACGUCUGCAACAGGCACCUGUUGUUCUGCAGGGUGACUCUGGGGAAAUCCUUCUUGCAGUUCAGUGCCAUGAAGAUGGCUCACUCCCCGCCGGGUCACCACUCUGUUACCGGCAGACCGAGUGUUAACGGCCUCGCUCUGGCUGAGUACGUCAUCUACAGAGGAGAGCAGGCCUAUCCAGAAUAUCUGAUCACGUACCAGAUCAUGAAACCUGACGAGUUUGCAGACGGAUGAGGACGACGAAGGAAGUGGAGACAAAUAACUAAAGAAGAUGAAGAGCGCUCAUCUGAUCAUAUCGUCCAGUGAUUCAGGGUACAGCCCUUUCUGACAGGAUGUGUCAGUUUCAUCACAUCGGUGUCCCCGUUAGACGAAUGACGCCAUCAUCAAAGCUUCUGAUCACGCUCGACUGCCAGUUGGAUGCCUCAGUACUUUUCCUUCCUAAGCCCCGCCCACUUUUUGCUCCGUGCUCCAAACACAGCUAACUUAAAAUGUGAAUCCUUGUUCUCCUUUCCUGUACUAUGCUAUGUGCUAGGCUAAUCCAAGUUGAAAAGAUAUCCACAUUUUCAAAAGGUUAAAAGAUAAAAGCGACACAUACAUAGACACAUCCUACUAAUGUUAGCAAAAUGCUAGCUAACCAGUUAAUUAGUUAAUCUACUUCAAUAGGAGCACAGAGCAAAAAGGGGCGGGACUUAGGAAGGGUUAAAAAAAGGCCCGUUUUCAAAAACAAAACAACCAAGUUCACCAAAUGUGCUUUUAAAGUAAUGUAUAAAGUCAAAGAUGGCCGAAAUGUCUUCAUCCACUCAGCAACUUGUGAUUUUUAAACUGAAGUUACAUGAAAAUGAUCAGAACUGCAGUUAAUGUUGUUUAAUGGCUCCAAACAACAUAAGAAAUGAACACUAAUGUUGCUGUUCAGCAGGAGACACACUGAUGUUUCUGAAAAUGACUCAUCCCAUCUGAAGAGUCUCUCCUCACUAACAUUUCUAAAAAGCAGCUCUACGUGUUGCCUGGCAACAUCCUAACGAGGUGAAGUAUUCAAUUAAUUUAUGAAGAUGUUGUGUAUACUUAUUUUUUGUACAAGCAUGUCAGUUUAUUAGAGUUUAUAAUGUAAAAUUAAAUAUCUCUUUCUGGGUAUUUGAGGCAGUGUUUUCUGAAUGAAAAGUCUGAUUGGGCUGUACGGUGGUGAUCAGCCAUUGACACAAUAUGAGGAAAAAAAACAUGUUUAUCGACAGCUUCAGCCUCUUUUGAAUGAGUACAAAUGCACAAACGUCCAGGCCGACCCAGUGUGGCUCCGGUCCAACCACUCCCAAGUCACCAGAUACUGCAGCUCAGUCGAUGGCCCUUCCACUUCAAAAUAUGAUGUUUUAGGUAUCUGGUGUCAUUUCUGGACGCGCCCCACCAUCACAGUCAGGUGAUGGAGUAUAAGGAGGUGGAUGGAUGGCUCAAUCAAACACAGGACUUUAACCCUGCAGUUCGUAACUUAAACAAUUUCUUCUAAGUUACAUUUAUUCAUGUAAUUAAGUUACGUAACUUUAUUCCUAAUCGUAACAAAGUUGUUUUUGUGCCUGAACAUAACCAAACUGUGACUGUUUCACAUUACAUUACAUUAGUGACGAAGCUCACGUGGUUCACAGUUCUAAUGACGUCUGAGUGAUACGUUAAAGCUCACAUACAUACAGUAACUCAGACCUCGGUGGGUUUCUUGAGUCGGACUGUAAAAACGUUCAGAGGGACAACAAAUUGUGAAUGUUGUGUAUGUAAAUGUGCUCUGACUGUUCUGCUGUCGUCUGUAAUGUGAAGUUAAUGGGCACUAAUGGGGACGUUUCCUGCCCUGAUGCAUGGUACUGCGGUGCUGUCUGACUGGGAGGAAAACAGCAGCUGAAUGUGAGACGGAGAGUAAACAUCUCACCGACUCUAUGAACUGAUAGAUAAUAAUGGUGCUGUUUAAGAGUUCAUUGGUUGUGGCAUUUUGGAAGCAAACUCACACUGUAUGUGUUGAAAAUGGUCAUUAACAGGAAAAACAUUCAAUCAUGAUGUAUAAUAAAUAGAUGUUGUCAGUCAAAGACGUGGAGGCAGGAUGUGAGGAGGGAACGAAACUUUUGCAUCUAGUAAACAAAUGUGAAAUAUUAAACUUAAGUCUACCUACGAACCUCUAAAAUAAACAUUGGUGGCUUAUAAUGAUA